CUUUAAUUCUCUUUGAGCUGGGUUCGAAGUUGUCAACUUGUCAUUGCUUAUGUGCCUUUCUUCCAUUUGCAAAUCUUUACAGAGUUCUAUACUAAUUUUGCUACUUCUCUUUCUUUCUUUCUUUCUUUUUUUAAUUAAAUUAUUGUUUUUUAAUUCCAAUGAUGUUCAUGAGUUGGAUAUUUUUCUUUAUUUUUUAAUAUUCUCCCUGAGUUUCUCGCAUUUAUUCUUGCUUAACUUGCCUUAUCUUCCUCUUCAUAAUCAUAUACAGGCAGCCCAAAUGACAUUAUGAUUUUGGCUUUUGAGUUCAACCUUUUCAUUGACCCUUGUUGUUUCUUGCUUUCUUUGUAAGGUUUUUGCCAUUUUGUGGUUAAUUUUCCUUCCUGUUGGUGAAAAGGAGAAAAAAGAAGAUAUUAAAAUUUUAAGGUUGUCGAAAGGGUCCACUGUCUCCUCCAGCAUUGUUAAAUUCCUUAUGGAUCUUUGAUUUUAGCACUAAUAUUGCAAAUUCUUCAAGAGAAGUAUCAAAAGAAAUGGGAUAUUGCAAAUUCAAUCGUAAUAAGCGGACAAAUUGUACAGCAAUGCCGUCAAGAAUGUUCCAGUUCAUCAGAGAAUUGAAUAUGAUCUAUGCAAUUGAAAAACCAGCCAAUAAUGAAUCCUUGAGUAGCUAUGUUCAUACUGACAUGCCUAUCUACAAGGCUUUCCAAUUCAUCGGUGAUUCUCAGGAUUUAAAAGUAGUUAUAGAUAUUCAGAAGAAGGAUUUUGAGCAUAAAAAAAGAAAGAAAGAAGAAAUAGUGGAUAGAAAAGUUAGUACAAAGAAAGAACAAGAAUCUAAAUUCAUGGCAUGGGAAAAUCCAGUAAAUUGUGAAGGAUCUGUCAAUAGUACUACUAGUGAAUCAGAAGGAAAGGAAAAGAUUUAUUUCAGAAAAGAAAUGGAAGAAAAGGAUAAUAAUUAUCAUAACAUUCCAGAAAUGGUUGCAUUUAUUCAAGAAAGUAAUUCUGAUAGUUUAUUAAAGGAUAUUAUAAUGGAUGAUGAUUCUGUUGAUCAAGCUGAAUGUAGUUUGAAUGAAAAUUAUGGAUUAGAGCAGUAUAAUCUUUCUUCUUCUAUUCUUAAUUAUGAUACAGAAAGUAACGAUUCGAUUAAAGAAACUUUAGAAAGAUUGCAAUCCAUUGCGAAUGAAUUGGAUUUUGUUACUUGUGAUUUUAAAAAUGAAGUGGAAGUUGAAGAAGAAGAAGAAGAAGAAGAAGAUUUUGAUGAAAGAGAUGAUGUCUGGAUUGAUCAUACCGAUAAUAAGAUUGAACAGUUGAUAGAAAACCAAGAUUUUAAAAGAAGAGACGAAGGGUUGGUCCAAUAUUCUGCUGAAAAGCUUGUAGAAGCAAUUCAACUCAUUAAAGAGCUGCAAGAUGAUUGCAAUAUUCACCAGUGUGGUUCCAAGAAAUCGACAGAGAAAGAACCAGCAGAUAUCAAAGAGAGAAACGAUAUCCAUCAAACCAAAGAGGAGGAAGCAUUGCCAAACUCUUUGUUAUCAUGCUCAAAUGAAGCAGCAGAUAACAACUGUCCUACAAAUGAUGCCUGUGAAAGUGAAGAGGAAACUAUAAUUAGUUCUCUUAAUUCAUCUAACAGCGCGCAUUCGUUCGCUUUUCCAGUAUUGGCUUCAGAAGGCGCAGAGAGCCCUAUGUGGAUAGGAAUUGUUAAUAACGGGAAACAAUGGCAAGCAACUGCAAACAGGAGACAUUGGCACAGGCCUCGUCGUUGGAGAUCGCUUGUUUGUUGCAAAGGAAACUUUUGCAUGAAAUGGAGUUAAUAAGCAUAAAAGGCCAGAGAAAUCAUGGAUUUCUUGUGACAUUUUUGUUGGUUUUUUGUCUUUCUUUUUACAUCUAUAUAUCAUUUCUUUCUUUCUUUCUUUCUUUCUUAAGCUUUUUAGAGCAGCUUAAGCUUCAUUUGCUCUUCUUCUAGUGAAAAAUGCAAGAGGUUCUACUUUGUUGGCUCAAUUGUGUAUAUAUUAUAUAACUAUGCAAUUGUGGUUUUAUCAGGAA